GGAAGACGUCAAUGUUUCGCGCCCCCCAAACUCUCUGCCGCCACUGUAAAUAGUAUCAUUUGUCAAUAAAAUUACUAUUAUAAGUGCGCCUCUGCCUAACAUUGUGUCCUUUUUUCUAUUAAAAAGUAACAUAACCUUAUAAUAAUUUGUUUAGUUUGUAACAAAAAAGACAACGCGCAUCAAUUUGCCUGAAUUUAAAAAAAAGUCACAUCCAAACUGUAAAAAUACACUCAAGGUACAUUUUUUGACCAUUUUAUUACUGAAAAAUAAUAAAAUGUGGUAAAAUCAGUCAAUAAGAACAAAUUCAAAUUGAUUAGAAACAUUAACUCAGGAGGACAAUAUGCGAAAAAAUUCAACUGAAUACAGUAGAAGAAAAAAAAGUGUCUUUGGACAGAAGGACAGAUUUUAUUUUUGAUACUCACAGUAUCAUCUCCUUUGUAAUGGUGUGGGGUUAUUUUGUACUGAGCAUGCUAACAGUGCUCACUGGUUUACUGAUAUAACACUGACAAAGCGGGACGAUUGUUGGCAAUAUUCGGCACGUUUUUGCUGAAAAACAAUCAAGCGGCUUAGCAAUGAGAUUGGGGUCCAAUGUCUUUAAGUGGCGUCUUAAUUGAUUUGGCUUCCGGCUGUCCGCUAUAAUCAUUUUUAGAUACAGUAAACAGUGGUCUUUCCUCAUCUCCCACUGUAUUAAAACUCAAAGCCAAAAGGCAAACGGCCCGAAAAAAGCGCAUUCUAGGCGGCCGAGGGAGAACCGUAGGUGAGGGCGAUCGUCGUGACGAUCCCAAGCCGAAAAUGGUACUUCUUGAGCGGACACGUGACAACCGGUGAAGACAGAGGGUCGCUGUGUGAGUUUGGCUGGAAAACGGCUUUCGAAAACGGCGCACAGAUCUUCAUAUCUCUUUUCUGUGUGCUCUUGCUUAGUUCAAAAAUACUGCACGCACUCUGAAAAUGAGAGCGCCACUGCCACCCACUGAGUGUAUGUGCAAGUACACUUUAUUCUAGUACGGAGAGAAAAAAAAACAUGUUCCCCGAGGUCACAUGCACCACCCCUGGCAUCGCUCAGGGCGCGCCCCACUAUUUGAGAAGUACUGCAAUAAAGCAACACUUUCUUUUUACGUUUUAGUUGAUUUUAGCGACGCCGGUGGUCAAAAGCGGUAGUGUUUUGCCUUAAAGGGUAUGUAACGGCAAAGGGGGUGUGAGACAUCAAUAGAACCGUUAUGUGCCAAGAUAACAAAUAUUGAUAAAGUUAACAAAAAAAUCAAUCACAUUAAUGAGCAAUUAUCGAAAAUAGAUCAACAUUUCCGAAAGUGUUCUGGAAACAGCCGAAUGGGGCGGCGACGUCACAACAAGUGAUUGACAGUCGAGGCAGAGCCAGGUGCCAUUGUUUUUUAUCGACGAGAGAGUAGCGUUCGGGUUUGUUUGACCAAAACAUCACUAAAAUGGCUCAAAACUGCUGUGCUAUGUGGUGUACAAAUAGCUAUUUAUCGGAAUAUAGUAUCCAUGAGUUCCCGAACGCGAAAAAAAAAAGGCUGGACUACGCAGACAAUGGGUAAAGUUCGUCCGUGCAAAGAGGGCUAAUUUUCUAGACCCAGCCUCCGGCACGGUUUUCUGUUAUUUUCCACCUGAAAGCUUCUUGAACUAUGGACAAGUGAAAUCGGGUUUUGCUGCAUGAUUGCUGCUCAAAGCAGAUACGGUGCCCACCAUACAUCAGCCACCUAAAUGUCCCGAGAUAUCAAGAAAGAGGAUGAUGACUGGCAAAGGAGGCUAAAGCUAAGCAAAGGAGGGGAGCAGCCAAGCUCGAAAUGGCCAGAAUUCCUGUUGCUAUGGAGCGCCGUGCUAAUCAUGUAUCCGACCACGCUGGCUGUCAUCGCUCUCACUUUCGCCAACUAUGUGCUUCAGCCGGCUUUCCAAAACUGCGUGACGCCAUACGCCGCCACCCGGCUGCUGGCCACCAUCUGCGUCCUUUUCCUGACAUGGGUGAACUGCUACAGUGUGCGCGGGGCAACAAGAAUCCAGGAUGUGUUUACGGUGGGGAAACUGCUGGCUCUGGUUCUCAUCAUCGUUGUGGGACUGGUUCAAAUCGGCCGAGGAUACUACGAUGCUCUGGUGCCUAGCGUGGCCUUUGAGUUCAGUCAAGAACCAUCCGUGGGCCAGAUAGCGCUGGCUUUCUUGCAGGCGUCCUUCGCUUACAGUGGCUGGAACUUCCUCAACUAUGUCACGGAGGAGGUGGUUGAGCCACGCAAGAACCUGCCCCGCGCCAUUUACAUCUCCAUCCCCUUGGUGACGCUAGUCUACACAAUGACCAACAUUGCUUAUUUCACCUCCAUGACCCCCGAGGAGCUUCUGGCAUCCAAUGCUGUGGCAGUGACUUUUGGUGAAAAGCUGCUGGGUAUGUUCUCUUGGGUAAUGCCCAUUUCCGUGGCCCUGUCUACCUUUGGCGGCAUCAACGGCUAUUUAUUUACCUCUUCCAGGUUGUGUUUCUCAGGAGCCAGGGAGGGACAUCUGCCAUACUUGUUGGCAAUGAUCCACCUUAAGAACUGCACUCCCAUCCCUGCCCUGCUUGUCUGCUGCUUUGCCACCAUCGUAAUCCUGUGCAUCGGUGAGACGCACAACCUGAUCAACUAUGUGUCCUUCAUCAAUUAUCUCUCGUACGGCGUCACCAUCGCCGGCCUGCUCUACCUCCGCAAAAAGAAGCCGGACCUGAUGCGGCCAAUUAAGGUCAACUUGCUAAUCCCCAUCGCUUACAUGCUGUUCUGGGUCGUGCUCCUAUGCUUCAGCCUGUACUCUGAGCCAGUGGUGUGCGGCUUGGGAAUGGUCAUCAUGCUUACCGGUGUGCCCGUCUACUUUGUGGGUGUCUGGUGGAAAAACAAGCCCAAGUGGAUUUACCGAAUCACAGAGAAAGUGACGUACAUGGGCCAGAAGGCAUGUUACGUGAUGUUCCCUCAGGAGGAUCCGGCAGAGGGUGAACCACUCACAUCUGACAAAGACAGAGACUAAGACUUUAACGCCCCCUGGUGGGUGCAGUUUAACUCUUGUUGAUAUUGGUCAUAGAUGAAUAGGACACAAAUACACACACACAAAGACCAGACUAACACAUGCACACACGUAUGUUGGGGUAUGGUGCCGCACCACCCGGCAAAACACAGUCUUGGUAUUUGCAACAGGACUUGAAUAUGUGCACCGCCGGACCUCAAGCCACAUCCAGCGCUUCCAAGUUUUCCGACGCACAAGGGUGCCCCCAAAGGACCGGGGCGGUUACUGCAUUUUUUAAAAUCCAAAUUUUCUAUGCAUAUUAGCCUUUUUCAGUCACACUAAUAUAAUAUAAGUAAUUUAAUUUAGCUGUGUAAAUUUUUAGGAUUUAAAAAAAAAUCAUUAUCAAUGAAAAGACUAUUUUUUUUAAUGAUGUGCAUUUGAGGACUAACAACACUUCACUAUCAAUUUUCCAUCCAUCCAAUGUGCCUUUCCGGGAAGGACUUUUUGGCUAAACCGGUCUGACAGUGAGGCGCAUCAGCACCACCUGCUGCUGCUCUAGAAGGAUGCAUCUUGAAUUGAUUUUUCUUUUUUUUUUUUUUUUUUACUUCUUAAACUGUUGAGACAAAUCGUUUUCAAAGUUCAUCCACGGAUGGCUUUGAGCUGUUUUAUGCAUGCAAUUAAUUGUGCCUUAUUGACGAGUCAUUUUUUUUAGUGUGCUUACUGUUGGAAUUUUUAUCUUUUUAUUGAUGUCAGGGGAACAAAGUUAAACAUUUUUAAAUGCCAACUUGUUGCUGUUUAGCUAAUCAACAAACAAGAAAAUUGUGUACUUAUUUCUAUAUUUAUAUUUUAAAUGCAUUUUACUUACUAUUAUUCUGCUACUACUUUUGCUCAGCUAUGUACAUGAUUCUUCCUGGUUUGUCUUAAUAAUAAUGGUAACCCAAAGAUAAAUUUUAAUCAUUUUCAUAUAUGCAAACUUCACCUAGCGCUCUAAACUUUACUCUUGGACUUUUUGUUCCUGCCACCAACUUCUGGUAAGCACUUGAAUUUGUAAAAUGGUGGAAAAUGGGAAAGACUAAAAAGUAGAAAAUAUAGCAAAAUAGUUUGUAUUGUCUAUUCAAGAUGUUUUUGACGAAACGACGAAACACACCGUCUGUGCAUUUUUGUCAAGAAGAAAAACUACAUUUCUGUCGUCUGUUGACUUAAAAUGCUAAGCUAAAAGAAAAUGUUAAUAGUUGCGUGACUUGCGUCUUGAAAACUAAAAUUUGUGUUGUGUGUUUUAAAUUGCUGCCAACUAUUGAAACAAUCAACUACAAAAUAGGAUGUUCCUCUAAUCUCUGGACAAAAAUGUUACAAAAAAAAGUAUUUGGAAAGUACCGUAUUUUUUGGUUUGUAAGUCUAAGUUUUUUUCAUAGAUUUGCCAUACUCUGUAGUGACUCGUGUGAAUUUACUUACAUAUUAUUAUGUCAUUUUGCAUGUUAUUUUCAUACUAAACCGCAUGAGGGCGCUCAACAUGGUCUGCGUUUCAACAUUGGCGGUUAACUUAUAAAAACAACUGAGAAUGGCUGAACAAAAUGGGACACAAACUAUCUGAAUAACUCUUAAUAGCUAUGUUACGGUAACAUACGUUCUCAGUUCAUGUUCAUGCGUCAUCUAAAACAGGGGUCCCCAACCUUUUUUGCACCACGGACCGGUGUGAUUUGGGUCUUUUUUUCACGGACCGGUGUUCUGUCAAAUUUUGCCCCCAAAGCUUUUGUGGCGGUCUUUUACACAUGUCCGUCCAUGAUCAAACUUACAGUGGGGCAAAUAAGUAUUUAGUCAACCACCAAUUGUGCAAGUUCUCCUA